AUGUCUUUGCCCGCCGAGUCAAAAAUAGACGUCCUCAUCAUCGGGGCCGGCCCGGCAGGGCUGAUGAUGGCGACAUGGCUGGCCAGGUGCGGCGUCGGCGCGCGCAUCGUAGACAAGCGCGGCACCAAAAUAUUCAACGGCCAGGCAGACGGCCUGCAGUGCCGGACGCUCGAGAUCUUCGACUCCCUGGGCUUCGCGCACCGCGCGUGGCGCGAGUCCAACCACCUGCUGGAGAUAUGCCUGUGGAAUCCCGACGAGCACGGCCGCAUCCGCCGGAGCGCCCGCAUCCCCGACACGAUCCCCGGCAUCAGCCGAUUCCAGCAGGUGGUGCUGCACCAGGGCCGCAUCGAGCGGUUUCUCCUCGACGCCGUGGAGGAGGCGGGCAGCGACAUCCGGGUCGAGAGGGGCGUCGCGCCCACCAGCAUCGACAUUGACGAGUCGCGGGUGGACGACGACGACGCUCACCCCGUCACCGUCCGGCUGCGCCGUCUUUCGGAGGAGGAGGCGACGCCGGAACAGGCCGCGGGCUCUGGCGACGACGGCCCACCGGUCCAGGACGGCCUCUUCCGCAGCAACCUGGCCCCCCGGGACGACGCCGACCGCCUCCUGACCGCCGCGGCGGCCGGCACCGAGGAAGUCGUCCACGCCAGGUACGUGGUGGGCGCGGACGGCGCGCACUCGUGGACGCGGCGCCAGAUUGGGCUCGAGCUCGAGGGCGACUCGACCGACUACAUCUGGGGCGUCUUGGACAUGGUGCCCAUUACCGACUUUCCGGAUAUACGCAUGCGCUGCGCCAUCCACUCGGCCGACGCGGGCAGCAUCAUGGUCAUUCCCCGCGAGAACAAGCUGGUCCGGCUCUACAUCCAGCUCACGACGACGGAGAGGGUCGGAGACGAGGCGGCCAGGGCAGACCGGUCCAAGCUGAGUCCGCGGGUGAUUCUGGAGGCGGCGCAGCGCAUCAUGGCGCCAUACACCAUCUCCUACCGCAAGCUGGACUGGUGGACGGCGUAUCAAAUCGGCCAGCGGGUCGGCACCUCCUUUGCCGUCCACGACCGCGUGUUUCUGGCUGGAGAUGCGGUGCAUACACACAGCCCCAAGGCAGGCCAGGGCAUGAACGUCAGCAUGCAAGAUUCUUUCAAUCUCGGAUGGAAAAUGGCCAGCGUCGUCAAGGGCCAGGCACACAGGUGCAUCCUCAAAACCUACGAGUCUGAGCGGCGCCAGAUUGCACAGGACCUCAUCGCAUUCGACCACAAGUUUUCAAGACUCUUUUCGGGACGGCCGGCGAGGGACGUCAUGGACACGGAGGGCAUCAGCAUGCAAGAGUUUAAAACCGCCUUUGAAAAGGGCCACAUGUUUGCCAGCGGCAUAGCCGUCGACUACGGCAGCAGCGUCGUGGUGGCCAAGGACGACGGACACGGCAGAGUCGUCUCCGACCAGUCCGCCGCUCCCCACGUCCCUGUCGGGAGGCGAAUCCCCAGCGUCAAGGUGCUGAACCAGGCCGACGCCCGGCCGUGGCACCUGCACGAGCUGCUGCCGAGCAACGGGCGCUGGCGCGUUCUCCUUUUCCCCGGCGACGUCACCAGGGACGAGCAGCGGCAACGGCUCGCCCGCGUCGCCGCUGCGUUUGACGACGAGGCGUCCUUCCUCCGCAGGCACACGCCCGUCGGGGGGCGGUGCGACGACGUCUUCGAGGUCCUCACCAUACACCGCGCGCCGCGAACACAAGUCACCAUUUUCGACUUUCCCCCCGUCCUGCGACCGUAUGACGAAACCGACGGCUGGAGCUAUGACAGGAUCUUUGUAGACGAUGUUUCGUAUCACGAAGGCCACGGGGAGAUGUACCGGGCAUUUGGCAUCGCGCCGGCCGGCUGCCUCAUGAUUGUCCGGCCGGACCAGCAUGUAUCAUGCAAGAAGCGCAAGGAGCGAUGUGAUGGCCGCCAGCCGUGUGGUCGGUGCAACGAGCGCGGAGUAGAGGACAAAUGUCGUUUCGACACGGACCACGGCGUCCGACGGCGCCGCGCGCGGCAUCUAGGCACGGUGAAGCAGUCGGCGGCGGCGACGGCGCUGGAUGCCGAGGGAGUCGUGUGUUCGCCCCAGUCUGCAAACACGGCCUGGGAGCAGCAGUCGUCGGUGGCCGGGUUGCACCAGUCCCGGCUCGUCAGAGACAAGAGGGGCAGGUUUAUAUUCCUGGGCGACUCGGCAAACCUGUCGCUGCUCCGCGUCGUGCGCGACGUCGCCAGGACGUGCCACGGGGAGUCGAGAUUCGUGGCCGAUCCGCUGCGCGCCGGCUUCGUCGAGGCCUCGACAGACGACAGCGGCAGCUGGAUGGACGCGGCGGGAUGCGAGCCGGCCCCGGCCGUGUCUGCCCAAGAGGCCGAGUCCCUGGUGGACAUGUUUGAGAGGGCAACGUCCGGGCUGGUAGACUCUGUCGACACGGCCGAGCUGCGGACGCGCCUGGCCGCGGCGCUGCAUCACAAGUCGGCGCUGCCGGCGCAGGAGCGCAUCGUGCCGUACCUGGUCGUGGCCAUUGGCGCCCAGUCGUCGCCGCAGCUCGGCCACCAUGCCGAGGGCUUCUUCCGUCGCGGCCGGUAUCUCGCCGCGCGCCACCUGACGGACGACGCCAGCAUCAUGACGGUCCAGGCGUACGUGCUCAUCACCAUCUACCUGCUGUCGGCGUCGCGCCGGAACACGGCCUCAAUGCAUCUGAGAUUCGCCAUCGGGUCCCUGUACGCGCUCGGGAUACACAGAAAGGCCGUCGCGCUGCGGUUCACCAAAAAGGAGGCUCUGCUGCGGGAGAAGCUGUGGACGACGGUCCGCAUCCUCGACCUGUUCCUGAGCGCCUCGCUCGGCCGGCCGGUGGCUACGACCGAGACCCGAAACACGCGGCGCCAAGACGAAUACUCGGCGUGGAACGACCUGUGUGCGAUUCUCGAAGACGUCCUGACCCAGGUCUACGAGCGGCGGUCCAUCACGGCAGAGGUGGUCGACAAGAUUGGACAGCACCAGAGGGAAUGGGCAGACGGGCACACCAGGGCCCAGGCGACGGCGCAACCGGCGACGGCAGCACCGGACAUUGGCACCCUCCACAUGAAGCAAAUGUACUACUGGACCAUCAUGCUGCUCACGCGGCCGUUCCUGAUCGAGCGAGUCGUGGCCCACGUCCACCAGACGCCAAACAACAACCUCGGGCGCUGUGCGCUGCCGGACCUGUCCGUGUCCAAGACGCUCGUGUACGCCUGCGUCAACUCGGCCAUCAAGACCAUCCGCCUGCUCGAGCCCCUGGCGCGGCGUGCAGACGUCCCAGCCCGGCUGCCGCUGCUCGUCGACGCCGCGUUCCACUCUGCCCUGACUGUCGGGCUGGCCCAUUUUGGCGACUUGCACCUCGUUUUCCCGCUGGCGAAGCAUCUCGACCUGGCGCACUCGAUUCUGUCCGCGUUUUCCGACGACCCCGUCGCUUCGCGCAACGCCGCCAUUGUCUCGUUUCUCAUGGAGGUGUGCCAGCUUCACAUUGAAAGGCGACACGCGGCCAACAUGGACCUCGAGUGCGAGGCCAUUGGGAAGCUGUUUGGCCAGAUUGACCACCCCCGCGAGCAGACGGACCCGGGCCGGCCAGAGGAUGCUGGAGAAGCCGGCCCGUACGAUGGCGGUUUCCCCGACACGCACGCGUCCCCGGGUAACUUGCCCCUCGACGGACUGCCCGACGGCCAGUUACCAAACGCAAUCGGGGGUUCGGCGUCUGUCUAUGCGGGUUCUGGUGUCUCGCAGUCGCCGCCGCAGAUGAUUCCGGGUUUGGACCCGUUCGGGCCGGUGCCGACGGCUCUUGAUGGUUCACUCGCCGGUGACCCGCAGCUGUUUUGGCUCGACUUUGAAAAGGACGUUUCUUCCCUAUUUACAAUCAUUGGUCCGACUUGA